AUGUCAAAGGAGCAAAUUUUAAAGGAUAUGUCAGAUAUGGAUCAGAUGACAAGUUUUUCUCACGACAGGGUGAUGCCACCAGUUGGUUGGGCUCUUGGAAAUUUUAUAUACCUUGCUACUGGCAGUGAAAGCAAUAUCUUAGAUUCUGGAAAGUUAGUGUCUGAACCCUGUAACUUAAACGAAUUAGAAUCCCGAACCCACAAGCUUCAAAUCCUAGCUCCGCCUCUGUCUGGUAUAGACCGUCAAUCCUAUGUCCGUGUAGUAAUUACGCUGGCGGAGAAAUUAUUGACUCAGAUUGAAAGGGCUGGAUGGGUGAGAAAGGAGAACCAAGAAGUUCAAGGUGACGGAAAUUCUGUUGAAGCCGAGAAAACUUUUGGAUCCUUGCAGAUGUCGUAUAUGGACCUUUUUAAGCCUGUUUGCCUGCAGAAGCAUCUUAUGGAACUUCUAGUGUUGGAGAAAGAUGGUCUCAUUCAGAGAGCUGAAAGUCUACCCUCAUGCGGAGCAGAAUCUUCUGGGAGCUGUGAAUUGCUUGAUGUUGCUUACUACUAUUCAUGGAUGCUCAGGAUAUUUUCUAGUUUGAAUCCGCUGCUGGGGGCAAUGCCAGUUCUCAACAUGCUAUCAUUUACUCCUGGGUUCCUUUCUAACCUGUGGGGAACCCUCGAAGAAUCACUUUUUCCUGGAAAGAAUCUUGUUGGUAAGGGCAAAUAUGUGGAAGAAAGUAAAAUUUCUGAGAGAAAGCAAAAACAUUCUUCUAAAGAUAUAGGCAGCAAAUGGGCUAGCGUAUUUCAAAAGAUAACUGGGAAAUCACAAACUGAGUUCAAAAGUCUGGAUCGGCUUGAUGGAAAAUCAAAUACAGUGCAUAUUGACGAGCAUUAUUCUGAUAUGUGGGACAUUGAACUGCUAAGGCAGGGUCCUGAUGGCAUAUCAAAAGAUUUGGCUUGUCUACUACAUCUGUUUUGCGCUAGUUAUUCACACCUGUUGUUAGUUCUUGAUGACCAGGAGUUUUAUGAGAAACAGGUUCCCUUUACAUUGGAGCAGCAGCAGAAAAUUGUGUCCGUGCUGAAUACAUUGGCUUAUAACACAAUGGCGCACAAUAUUGGUCCUGAAAGUAGACCUCUGACAGAUUCUGCUAUCAAAUGUCUUCAUUUAUUGUAUGAAAGGGAUUGCAGGCACCAAUUUUGCCCUCCUACUUUGUGGCUUUCACCAGGUAGAAAUAAUCGGCCGCCCAUUGCCGUAGCUGCUAGGACUCAUGAAGUUUUGUCAGCUACUUCAAACGGUGAUGAUGCAUUAACCUCUCUGAGCAUGGGCUCCAUCAUUACUGUUACCCCACACAUUUUCCCAUUUGAGGAAAGCAGGGUUGAGAUGUUCAGAGAAUUCAUCAACAUGGACAAAGUAUCAAGAAAAAUGGCCGGUGAAGUUGUUGGACCUGGUCCACGUAAUGUUGAGAUAGUAAUUCGUCGUGGUCAUAUUGUUGAAGAUGGAUUUCAGCAACUAAAUAACUUAGGAUCAAGGUUAAAGUCCAGCAUCCACGUCUCUUUCGUGAAUGAGUUUGGUCUUCCAGAGGCUGGCCUGGACUACGGUGGGUUGUCCAAGGAAUUCUUGACCGAAAUAGCCAAAGCAGCCUUCUCACCUGAGUACGGGCUCUUCACACAGACCUUGACCUCAGACAGACAUCUAAUUCCUAAUACAGCUGCAAGAUUUUUGGACAAUGGAUUUCAGAUGAUUGAGUUUCUAGGGAGAAUUGUUGGCAAAGCGCUCUAUGAGGGAAUAUUGCUAGAUUAUUCCUUUUCACAUGUAUUUUUGCAAAAGCUGUUGGGCCGCUAUAGCUUUCUUGAUGAAUUAUCUACACUUGAUCCUGAGCUAUACAGGAAUCUGAUGUUUGUUAAGCACUAUGAUGGUGAUGUCAAGGACCUCGCAUUGGAUUUUACAGUUACUGAAGAAUCAUUAGGAAAACACAUUGUUAUUGAGCUUAAACCUGGUGGCAAGGAUAUCUCUGUAACAAAAGAGAACAUGUUGCAAUAUGUUCAUGCAAUGACAGAUUUUAAACUAAAUCGGCUGAUACUUGCUUUCUCAAAUGCAUUUUAUAGAGGAUUGACAGACCUUAUAUCUCCUUCCUGGUUAAAGUUGUUUAAUGCAAGUGAAUUUAAGCAGUUGCUUUCAGGGGGAAACCAUGAUAUUGACAUUGAUGAUUUAAGGAAAAAUACACGCUAUACUGGAGGUUACACAGAAGGGAGUCGGACAGUACUCUUUUGGGAGGUCUUUGCGAAUUUUGAACCAAAAGUACGGUGUUUGCUGCUUAAGUUUGUGACGAGUUGUUCGCGAGCUCCUUUGCUUGGAUUCAAACAUCUGCAGCCAACCUUCACCAUUCACAAGGUUUCGUGUGAUUUGCCACUAUUUUCGACUUUCGGCGGACAGGAUGUUGAUCGGCUUCCUUCAGCUUCUACUUGCUACAACACCCUCAAGCUUCCAACAUACAAACGCCAGAGUACUUUGAGAGCAAAGCUUCUAUAUGCUAUCAAUUCCAAUGCUGGUUUCGAACUUUCAUAGUUAUUGUGCAGGUUAAGCGAGUUUGAGAAGGAAGGAAGGAAAAGGAGAAGGGAGAAAUAGUUUCAGCAUGUUACCUCUUUCUGCAGGUUUUGUGAUCAGAUCAAAAGAGGCUGAUAGAUGUCAAAUACUACGAGCUUGAGGCCGGAAAGCUUGUUCUUUAAAUUUUGAGAUGUCCUGUUGAGUUUAUUGUUGAAGGAGAUUGCAUCUUGGUUCAGUCUUGCAACACACUGGUUCCUUCCUCUACCGAACAAAGUAAUGGCAGCUGGCAAACAACCAGUUGGUGGCAGAGUUGUGACCCCAAUCCUCCUUGCUCCCAGAUCAUAGAGGUUCUGUCCAUAGAUUGUUUCUGAUAUUAACAUGUGGAAUUUGUGUAUAAUUGAACAAUUUGCAUAUAAUAUUUCUCAGUUUGUGAUUUAUAAUUACAUCUCGAUCUGAAUUAUUGAUGUUCUCAGUAUCAGGAGUAAAGAUUGUGAUAAUAUCCAGCUUAUUUUUCAGGAUAAGUCUACCUGGUACUCAGGUGUAUGUCAUCCUUGUACAUCCUGUAACAAUCCCAAGUUUCUGUAAUUUGAUAAGUGCUUGUUAUGAUU